CUUUCGAGCGCUGGCGAUGGCUGUUGGAGAGACACACUCAGCGUUCGAAUCAGUGCACUGGGGAAUCGUUGCAAUGGUUAUAAUUAUGUGACUGGUUCAGCCGCAGUGUAGAAUUUGGCACAUAUUAUACCGGCAGCAGUUUCCUUCUCGAUGGCCGUUCCAAUCUUGUCGAAUGAGCUGAACAAUACAUGCCCGCAGAGAAGAAGACAUCGAGAUUCCGUCGCCCUUAGUGCUUGUUCGGAAACGGCUGACGGAAGGGACGCGUGCCGAAUACUAGUGUGCUGAGCUUAGUGUUGGGUUGGCACAGCCGAGCUCGCAGCUCGAAGACGACGUUUGGUGUCUGAACAACCAGGAAAGAAGCGAGGGCUGUUUUCAUCGGCAUCAAGCAACUACUAGAAGGUACAUGUACCGUGCAAGUAUGGCGUUUGAAGACAUUCUGCAGCAGCAGCGCUUCCUGUACGCGUUCUGCUUGCUCAUGACGGCCUUGGUCACCGUGGAAACGGAAAAGGCCGAGAAAACGUUCACGGUCGUCGACUCCAUCGACUGUCGCUACAAGUAUGGGCUGUUGACGGGCACGAGUGGAGCGUGCGGCUCUUCCCGCUGCUGGAUGGCCCCAAGCCUAUUCCACACCCAAGAUUUCAGCAUAUCUCUCAGCAGGCGCCAGCUAUGCAUGGUGCGGGCACCACGCAACUCUCGCUACGUAGAGCUGUACUUCUCCAUAGCUGACGUUGGCUAUCCCAGUGCCAACUGCAGCUGGACUAUGCUCCAGGACCGUGUAACUCUAUACAAGAUACUGAGUAACGGCAGUCGACUCAACAUCUACCAAGACCAGGGCAGAUUCAACUUCCACGUGGAUGUAGGCAACGCAUCAAAGCCAUGGUGCAGCUCAAAGCAUCUCCUGCCCGUCAAGGAUCCCUACUCGGAUCGCUGCAGAAUUGGACUUCGCCUUCUAGACGUGGAGCCGCUCUACGAGGGAAUCUGGCAGUUUGCCGUUCAGCCAGCGCCCGGCUCGGCCGUCGCACCAGCCCUGCACCAAUUUCACGUCCAGUGGACAGAAUCGCUAUGCGACACAUGCUUUGGCGCCGGCAGCAAGUGCGAGCGCAUCUCCUUCUCGUCCGUCUAUCCCCGGCAGGUGCUUUCGGAGCCGACGUCCGCAGUUACACCGAGAGUGUUCAAGAUUCCCACUGGCCAGUCCAAGUGCUUCGUAUUCGUCGACACGCAAGAUACACACGGAGGCUGGCUUGUUGCCAAUGGAGCCACAUCGAUGCUUGCCCAGCCUGUUCAGUACACCGAGCCACGGGAGGCGGACGACUCUGACCCUGGGGCGGACCCUACAAACGUGACGGUCUACCGGGUGGGCGGUUUGACCGCGUUUGGAGACUACCACCAGUGCCUUCAUAUCGACCAGAUGGCGCAGUCCCUGGCUGGGCUGGUCUUCUACGAGUUUAGCGACGCGUACGCUCUCGCGCACAACAACACCGCAACCGUGCCGAUCCGCAUCGAGGUCGGCGAGCCGAGCGGUGUCGAGGAGCAGAUCGGCAUAACGAGCCCUACUGUCGGUCUGCUAGUGUGGUGCUCUGUGCUCACCUUGGUCAGCCUUUGGUGGAUGAAAGACAAGCUAGUUGCAUGGUAUGGUGGCCGUGAUGGACAUGAGGUACUGGGAGGUAAUUGAGAGUGAGUCCAGGAAUACUCGGUAUGUGCUCUGAGAGCCGUUAUGAGAAAAUCAACUGCAAUAUCCUGCCAGGCUUCUGCACCUCUACCCUGGAGCACUGGCCAGCCUGCUGUGACGCUGUGAGUGUUUACACGACGACCCUUCGGUGUCCCUGGACAUGGCCGUGUACAGUGUGGUGGUAUGGUGCAUGAAUACUAUGGUGUGUGCGUGUGUAUGUGUUUCUGUAUGUGUGUGUGUGUGUGUGUGUGUGUGUGUGUGUGUGUGUGUGUGUGUGUUUCGGUGUGUGUGUGUUUCGGUGUGUGUGUGUUUCGGUGUGUGUGUGUGUGUGUGUGUGUUUCUGUGUGUGUGUGUGUGUUUCGGUGUGUGUGUGUGUGUUUCUGUGUGUGUGUGUGUGUGUCUGUGUGCGUGUGUGUGUGUUUGGGGGUUUCAAGGGGUUUCGGCCGUUGGGCGGUUCAAUAGCCAAUUGAGUCAUCUUUCCAAGACUCCUUUUGAGGCUCUCCCCCCCCCUCUCUCGGGGAGACCCACAUGACCAGUUUCGGGAGUGAGCAACAAGUACAAGUACAGGUGUGUGUGUGUGUGUGUGUGUAUGUGCGCGCACAUGCUUGUGUGUGUGUGCACGUGUGUGUGGUGGAACAGUUGCUUUGGCGCGGCGUUGAGAGAAAACGUAUGUGCUCUUGCUCAUAAUGUAGACCGAAGUGAUAGUUGACUGCUCCUACUAGAUCCUAUGUUACUCGGAUGUGAUGUACCUCGGGCCGUGGAGAACAGGAUCAGUGGGUGCUUAGUAUCUGAGGCACAUCUUAUCACAAUACACCAUGGAUCUAUACACCUGUUGUACGUGUGGCUGCGCGUGUAGCUCUGUGUUGGACAUGCGGCUGCGUUUGUGUCUCUGUGCCGUACAUGCUGCUGACCCGUGGUACACGCUGCUGCGCUGUCUUGGAAUGCUUAGUACAUGCGGCUGCACCGUCUUCUGUCCCCUCUGUAUGCACUUUUUCUUGUCUUUUCCCCGUUAAUCAUUGUACAUGCAUUUUCUCGUCUUGUCUCCGCUGCAUUUGUCCAGUUGCGGUCUUGUGUCCGUCAUAUUUGAUCGUCUGCUGUUUUUGUCUCCCGUCCCGUUCGGGACCAGUUAUAUUAUACAUGUGCACCUAUUUCACCUCCACGCCCCACUGUUGAGCACCUAUUUCGUGUCCAUCGCACCUGUGCUCUGGGCAAUGUCCGUACUAAUCAAGGGCAUGAUUGCAUUUUCAGAGUGCAUCAACUAAGUGAGUUCCACUGUACACCAUCCUUUGCUUGCUGUGUUUUGACUUCCUAGCUUCUCUGCCAUGUAGUGCACACUGAUAAGAAUGAAGCUGAAAGGCUUCUAGAGGAAGACUCGACAUUUCAUUUUGAUUUUCCAUGAUUUCGAUGACGCUAUCGGCUUUUGUUUUUUUGGUUUUUUUUCUACUUUCGGCCAGUCGGCUACUGUA